CUCCAAGAUUCCUCUUUUUUCGAUGAAAAUUAAGAAAAAGUGGGGUAGUAAAAGAGGGGCAGCAAAAAGAAGAAGAGAACAAACGGGAAAAAGCAAAUGUACUGUCGAGCACUUGGGUUUUGAGGAGCGUUUGCCCAAACGCAAAAGCCUUCCCAUUUUUAGUUCAAGAUUUAGGGUUCUUGUUUCUCUCGAAAAUCUCGCAUUUUGCAUCGUUUAUAUUGUAGCAACACGCCUGUGUCGGAGUGGAGUUGCACUGACUUCUUGAACCCUUGUCCUUUUUUUCAGAUGCUGAGUGAGUUCUUCGUUCUCUCUCUGUUUUUGUUUGAACUAAAUCUUUAUGGGUACAUAAGAUCAGAGUGAAAUAUAGCUGAUUCAGUAGAAGAAAAUGUUGAUCUUUGAUGUGUUUUGUUAGUUCAAGUGGGAGGGGUAUUUACUCAUUGAUCUUGUGUUUUUUGUUUUGGGAUUUGGUGAAGGGAAAGAAUGGAAGUUCAGUGCUAUAAGAACCCGGAUUGAUUUAUCUUUUCUUUGUUUAAAUUCUUUUGGGGAAGAGGGAGGAGGUGCAGAGUGAGAUUAGCUCUUUUGUUGUCGGUGGAGAAUCUGAUUUUAUGGUGAACGAGUUCCGGUUUUCUUGAAAUAAUUGGUUGGGUUUGAGUUGUUUGUGAUUUGAUUGGUCCUAAUGGAUAAAGGCAUUGAGAAUUUGAUAUCUGCUAGGAAGUUGUUGAAAGCCAGUGUGGAGAAAUCCAAGUCUUUGGGUUUGUCUUUAGAAAAAUUUGGGCCUAGAUUAGAUGAGAUCAACCAAAGAUUACCUUCGUUAGAAGUUGCGAUUCGGCCUAUACGGGCUGAGAGAGACGCCCUCAGUGCUGUUGGUGGUCACAUCAAUAGAGCUGUGGUUCCUGCAGCUGCAGUUCUUAAGGUUUUCGAUGCCAUUCAUGGGCUUGAGAAGUCGUUGUCUGAUCCUCAAUAUGAUCUGCCGGGGUAUCUUGGUGUGCUCAAACGGCUUGAAGAGGCAUUGAGGUUCUUGGGGGAAAAUUGUGGGAUGGCAAUUCAAUGGCUGGCUGAUAUAGUGGAGUAUUUGGAGGAUCAUAAGGUGGCUGAUGAAUGGUUUAUCUCGGGUUUGAAGAAGGCGCUGAGUAGUCUUCGGGAACUGGAGGCGGGUGAGGAAAAGGGUAGGCUUGAUGGGGGGCUUCUUGAGAUUGCGUUGAACAGAUUGGAGAACGAGUUCCGGCGGCUGUUGACGGAGAAUAGUGUCCCGUUGCCUAUGUCCUCACCGACCUUGCCGGGUGAACAGGCCUGCAUUGCUCCAUCUCCUCUGCCGGUGGCUGUUAUUCACAAGUUACAGGCUAUUUUAGGGAGAUUGGCGGCUAACAAGAGACUUGAAAAGUGUAUAUCCAUUUACAUUGAGGUCCGGAGUUCAAAUGUUCGUGCUAGUUUGCAAGCGCUCAAUUUGGAUUAUCUUGAAAUAUCCGUCUCUGAGUUCAAUGAUGUGGCGAGCAUUGAAGUUUAUAUAGCCCAGUGGGGGAAGCAUUUGGAAUUUGCUGUGAAGCAUCUGUUUGAGGCUGAGUACAAACUGUGUAAUGAUGUGUUUGAGAGGAUGGGAUUGGAUGUGUGGAAGAGCUGUUUUGCGAAAAUAGCAGCUCAGGCUGGAAUUCUUGCUUUCCUGCAGUUUGGCAAAACGGUCACGGAAAGCAAGAAGGAUCCUAUCAAGCUACUGAAACUGCUCGACAUUUUUGCAUCGUUAAGUAAGCUAAGAUUGGAUUUCAACCGACUCUUUGGUGGAGCCCCCUGCGCUGAGAUUCAAAACCUGACAAGGGAUCUAAUUAAGAGGGUGAUUGAAGGGGCCUGUGAGAUUUUCUGGGAGCUCUUGGUUCAGGUCGAACUUCAAAGGCAUACUCCACCGCCUUCAGACUGCAGUAUUCCUAGAGUUGUAUCUUUUAUUACUGAUUAUUGCAACAAGCUUCUUGGCGAUGACUAUAAGCCAAUUCUCACACAAGUACUGGUCAUCGAAAGAAGUUGGAAGCAUGAAAAAUUCCAAGAGAGAAUUCUUAUUAACGAGCUUCUUAAUUUAGUUAAAGCAAUUGAGCUGAACCUGGAAACCUGGUCCAAGGGUUAUGAAGACGCAGUUUCAUCCUAUCUGUUCUUGAUGAACAAUCACUGGCAUCUAUACAAGUAUCUAAAGGGGACUAAGCUUGGUGGUCUUCUGGGAGAUUCUUGGUUGAGAGAACACGAACAGUACAAGGAGUAUUACUCUACUAUGUACUUGCGAGAGAGCUGGGGCAAACUUCCUUCUCUUUUAAGCCGAGAGGGUCUCAUUUUGUUCUCCGGUGGGCGUGCCACCGCUCGUAAUUUGGUAAAACAGAGAUUAAAAUCGUUCAACGAAGCUUUUGACGACAUGUUCAAGAAGCAGGCCAACUGGGUUAUUGCGGACAAAGAUCUACGUGAGAAGACACGUCAGGCUAUAAUUCAGACGGUUGUGCCCGUUUAUCGUAGCUACAUGCAGAAUUACGGGCCGUUGGUUGAACAAGACCAGAGCGCAAGCAAAUACGCAAAACAUACGGCACAGUCUUUAGAGAAAACAUUCAACUCUCUUUUCCAUCCAAAGCCUCUGAAACACGGAAGUUUUAAGGUCAGGCAUCCCAGUGGGAAGUUCAACAUCAGCACUGUGGAUCAGCAGCAAACUCCGCCAACCGUUAAGUGAUGCAAUCUUGGAACUACACCGAUUCUUGUGUAUAUAUCAGCUUCCUGAACACCAAUCGAUCAUCAACAUCGUGUUCAGAUGAAUAAUAGAGGCGAGGGUUCGUUGCAAGAACUUCCCACAAGCUGAGCAUCAUCUUCUCAACUCCCCAAACAGCAGCAGCCAUCUCUUUGACUUCAAUUCAUUCAUUACAUACUUUGAUUUCUAGUUGCAGCAAGAAUCUUGGGACAACUUGCAUUAGACGCAUGAGUAAUAUAUCAGAUAAAUUCAGUGCUUUGUAGAACACUACAAUUGUAAGAAUUAUUGGAACGUUAUUUAGAAUAAUAUGUUCCUGUUUUCUUACUAACUACUUGUUCCAAAUAUCGAGUUUACUAUAAAGUAUUUUCAUUUUAGUUUGAGAUCCA